GGGGCGGGGCCGGACCCGGAAGUGCCGGCGGAGAGCGUGUUUUUUCCACGCUGCUUAGGAGCAAGCGAGUUGAAUGCUGUGCCCUUUACUGCAGCCCCCGAGUCACCAGUCCAUGUGGAAUAGCACCAAGAAAACGUACAUCUUUGCUGUUUAGUAUAAACCGAGUUAUUUUCAGGUUAUUCAGAAUUAAACUCUCAUGUCAGCGGAAAGCUCGACCGUCACGGUUCGUCUUGUCCGCUCUUUUGAGCACCGGAACUUCAGGCCUGUGGUGUACCACGGCGUUCCCUUGGAUCAGACGGUGGAGGAGUUCAUCGCCUUUGUGCGGGAGGAUGUGUCUUCAAGAGCAGGACUUCCUCCUCCUUUUAAGAAUUACAAGUAUGAUACAAUGAAGAUUAUUCACCAAGCACACAAAUCUAAGACUGGUGAUCUUGUAGUGAGUUUGGAAGAUGAUGACAAACUGAUUUUGAAGGGAGACAGCACGCUGAAAGCAGCUGGAGUAGCAAAUGAGACGGAAUUAGCAUUCUUCUGUGAGGAAGAUUACAGAAACUACAGAGCUAAUCCUGUUUCGGCCUGGUGAAGAUCCCAAGGGGUUGUUUUGUUCUCCCAUACCUGUUGUAAAUUUUCCUUCUUCUGCUUAAUGAGAUUUUUCUUAAAGAUCAAUAAAUCCUAGAGGAUUUCUUUGCAAACAGCGCAAUUCCCUUCCUAUAGGCAUUAAUUUCUGUCAAAAUGCUAAGGCUGCGAGAAGGAAAACGGGGGGACAUAAAUGACUUUUUCCUUGCUCCCUUCUCUUUUUGCUGUGCUCGGCUCUUGAGCCUCGGGCAGUGCCAUCCCUGACCCGUGACACUGGAAAUUAGAGAAUGCACACGAUGAGCCCAUCACAGUACUGACUUCUGAUGAAAAUGAAGUGAAAGCUCCUUCCGAUGAAACGAAACGUUUGAUGGCCAAAUCACUGGCUAUUUUCAAGAACUCGAGAAGAGGAUCUCUCCGUUUCGAGGCACAGCUUUACUUCUCUCGUUUUAUGUUUGGUCUCUUUUGUUUAAACAGUGCGGACUGGGCAGUGUUUCAUGCUUUUCAGUGGUGAAUGCUUUCCAUUAUCCUCUCUUCCAGCCCUCUUUAGCAUGCUGAAAGGGACAAAUGUCUGUUGGGAGGCUUUUGUGUCCGAGGAGCAGCUCGCCUGUUUCUAGCUUUGCUUCAUGGAGCCACCUUCGCUUAGGGGUGGCAGCUUGAGCUCUGCCCAGACAUCACUGCGCCUAAGUAGGAGUUGGGCAUUUUUCCAAGUGGAGUGAAAGCUCAUGGUUUCAGUUUUAAGAAUAAAACCUGAAUGAUUGCUUUUUUGUUUUUUUUUUUUGUGAGGAGAGGCCCAGUCUGUGAGCCACAUGUCUUCAAGGCUGGGAUUGAUUCCUUUCUGCUUUCCAUGAGCCCAGCACUCUGUUGCUAUGUGUUUGUUCUUGGUAGUGCCAAGGCUUUCCUACUACGUGAACCAAAUUAAGAAUAAUAGAAAAUAAUCGUGCAUCCAAUAAAGUGCCUUUAGGCAGA